UGUGUGUGUGUGUGUGUGUUCACUGAGGAACAUUUACAGGGUCAUAUCUGACACUCAGGGAUGAAGACGGGAUCAACGUACGACACUACGGAUCAGUGAGUGGUUGUUCAUCUCCCAGCGACCACUGACUGGAUUUACAUUUUUCUCUCACUUUUUGGAUUUGUAUUUUGGAGGCGAGCGGUCUGCUCACCUCCACGGCACCACAGCGACAGAAGUCCGAGAUAAAUGCACAAACAUCUGGAGGGAGUGAUUUAACGUCUCAGAUCCACCAAUGGCGUCGCAGGAGACCCGUCUGACAGCCACCCUCCUGACCUCCAUCCUGGCCGUGGUGCUGGGGUCGCUGCAGAUCGGAUAUCACACCGGGAAUGUCAACGCUCCGGCCAAGAUCAUCGAAGAGUUUUUCAACCACACAUGGAGAGCCAGGCACAACCAGUCGAUGCCAGAUCACAGCCUGACGCUGCUGUGGUCGCUCUCCGUCAGCAUCAAAGACUUCGGAGCCUUACUGGGAUCACUGGGAGUCAAAUACCUGGCAGACUCUUACGGAAGGCGUAACUCCAUCCUGAUCGUGAACUGCCUCUCGGUGGCGGGGGCGGCUCUGAUGUCGGCCUCUAAAGCCUGCCGCUCCUUCGAGGUUCUGAUCCUGGGGCGCCUGGUGUUCGGGUUGUUCUGUGGCCUGGUGAUGAGUCUGAACCCGCUCUACAUACAGGAAGUGUCGCCCACCAACCUGAGGGGGGCCUUCGCCACGCUCAACCAGGUGUCCUUCGCCUCGGGCAUCCUGGUGGGAAUGGUGGCCGGCCUGGAGACGGCUCUGGGCACGGAGCACCACUGGGCCAUGAUGCUGUCCCUGUCCGUGGUCCCGGCCCUGCUGCAGUACAUGGUGCUGCCGUUCUGCCCCGAGAGCCCCCGCUACCUGCUCAUCAACCGGGGGGAGGAGAGCAGGGCGGAGGCGGCGCUGCUGAGGCUCAGAGGAUCCUCGGAGAAAGUGUUUUCUGAGCUGGAGGAGAUGAAGUACGAAGCGGCACACACUCAGACCGGAGUCACCGUCCACGAGUUCUUCAAGAAGGGCCGAUACAAGCAGCCCAUCAUCAUCGUCCUCAUCAUCAACCUGGGCAGCCAGCUGUCCGGGUUCAACGCGAUCAUCAAUUAUUCCACCAGAGUGUUCCAGGCCAAGUUCGAUCAGGCCAAAUACCUGACGCUGGGGGUGGGGGCCGUCAAUCUGACCUUCACUCUGGUGGCGUUCUUCCUGAUGGAGCGGGCCGGGCGGAGGAGAUUGCUCCUGACGGGUUUCAUCUCUAUCGCCGUGUGCAACCUGCUCAUGACCAUCGUGGAUUCUGUGGUGCACCUGGUGCCGGAGCUGGGCAGCCUGCAGGUGCUGCUGGUGUUCUGCAUGAUCUCCGCCUACGAGCUGGGCCCCGGACCCAUCUCCUGGUUCAUCGGCGCCGAGCUGUUCGACCAGCCGGCCAGACCCAUCGCCAUGGCCUUCACAAGCAUGCUCAACUGGGGGGGGAAGUUUAUCCUGGCGCUGCUCUUCCCUCCAUUACUGAAAGCGUGUGGGGCGUACGUCUACCUGCUCUUCAUGGUCGUGGCUCUGGUGGCCUUCGCCUUCACGUGGGUUCGCCUCCCGGAGACCAAAGGACGGACGUUCGAUGAUAUCGCGGAGGAGUUUAGAGGAGCGGAGGAAAUCCCUCUGCACAACAAGGCUGGGUUCAACACGUUCCCCUGACACACUUCUGUCAGCUCGCUGGUCAUACUGUUAUGAGGGUCAGUUUACCAAUGUAGGCUACCAUCAUUUUAUCACCAAAUAUUAGUGGUACGAGAGCAAAAGUUGUAUUUUUGUUGUUAAACUAAGAAUAGUUCUAAUUCACAAUAUGCGCUUUCACACCGCAGUACUUUUCCCACAAAGGUUCAUCAGAACUUAGUUCAUGAGAACUCUUUAGUUCUCAUGAACUUCUUCUGCUUU